CUGACUCGAUCGAUAUCUACGAAUGCACUUAAUUACUUUGAUCAAUCGGUGUCAAAGCUCAUCUCUACUCCUCAUGUCCUUCUUCCUGAACCCACUGUCACCCUGACCGUCAUAUCGUAGCACAAACAGCAAACCCUUGACUGGCUCCCCGUACUCAAACCUAGGAUAGAUCCGCUCCCCGUACAUGGCCGAAAAUCCCCACCUGCCACCCUCACGCACCACAUACUCUCGCGUGUGUGCAAAACGACCCGUUGUCUGCACUUGGUAGCCCUUGUCCUCUUCGUCACUCGUCAGCUCACUCGUCAGCUCCUCCACAGAGAAUGCCAAGAAGCCCCUCCCAUCCUUCCGAAUAACCUCGCUUGACCGCUGAAAAAACUCUCUUAAGUCACCAACGUACACGAGCACAUCAGCAGCAGUAAUCAGGUCCACCUUCCCGUGCAGCCCAUGGCCAGCGAGUGCCCCGAAUCCACUCUGCAGAUCACCGACAUGAGUGGCAUUGUACACACCUUUCUCCUCAGCGAGCCUGAUCAUUUCUGGCGACAGGUCGAAGCCAUAAAGAAAGGUCGUCACGUUGCGAAACACUUGGCCCGAGAGUCCCGUGCCACAGCCCACGUCUAGGACGUUUCUCAGGGGGUAGGCUACAAGCAAGCUCUCCUGGAGCCGAUCGACGGCCAUUCGGAUCAUCAGGGGCGCCUGAUAGUGGAGCUUUUGCAACGACUUGUCGAACGUGUCGGCAUAGUGGUCGAAUAGCGACUUGACGUAGUCGGGUGAUGCUUCGGUGAGUGUGGAGUCCUUCUGCAUCGACCGCAGGGAGUAGUCGGCAAUGCUGUUGCUCUUGUCGAACCUAAGGGCACGGCGGAAGUGCUCGGCGGCGAGCUCGACACAGCUCCCUGGCGAACACUCAUACUUGUACUUGCGUGUGCCCUCCUUGCCAGCUUCCUCCCAGUAGGUGUAAGUCCCGGCUUGGAUCCGCAGCAGCCCCUCCGCCAGCCGCGUGUGCAUUUGGCUGAUCUCCUCGUUCGUCAGGAAAGCCGCGCCGUCCCCUCUACGGGCACUUCGAGCGUCGAUCUCUGUCUGGUCAGUAAGGUCACCCAUCAGGCCAUCCAGGAUCUCCAUCGCUAUCUGAUAGGUCUCAACUGCUUCAGGAAGGCUCUCUAGCGUCUCAUAAGCAGAGCCCAUGUUGGCCGCCGAGGCCACAGAUGUCCAGCUGAGCGAAGGCAUCUCACUCAUGGCCGCCUCAGCGGCGAUUGCCUGCUCAUAACGAUCGAUGGCUUCCCAGUAGUGAUGUGUGUCGUGAAGCACCGUACCCAAGUUGAAGAGAGCGUCCGCGUGGUCAGGCUGAAACGCUACAGCAGCCUCGAAGAGCCUCCUGGCCUCGUCAAGAUCCCCCUUGUCGACCAUAAGAGAGCCCAUGUUGCAGAGAACAGACACGCGAAGCUCCGCCAAGGCGGAAGCGUCCUUUAUCUCCCCGUUAGACUCAUCCACACCUUCCAGUAGAGAAACGAUACUUCGGUAUGCCUUUUCUGCUUCAUCCUUCCUGUUGCUGCGGUAGAGUGCGUUGGCCUCGUCGAGAUGCUUUUGCAGCAGAACAGCGGGGGGGGACAGAUCUGCUGCUCGGCUACCAUCUCCGUCAUUGAGUGCAUGAGUCGAAAGGGAAAGAAUGGCCAUGCAGACCACAGCCGAAAUAAGAGGCAUCGAACCGAUGAGCACUAGCACCGAGAAAGAGAAGAGCGCAAC